CACUGCGCAUGUGCGGACCGGCCACGUUGUGACUCAUCCAGACAGCUGCAGAGAUUCGGGGCUUCCGCGGUCAUGGGGGAACAACGGCAGGUUCGGAACACCUUCCUAUGGGGGUUGAGCGGGAUUUACCUGAGUGCAUUCCUAUCUCUGUACAUGCAGAUACCAGGAUUGUAUGGACGUGAAGGAAUCUUACCAGCCUGGAAGAUGCUUCGAUUCACUGGCAAAGGAUUAUGGGAACAGCUAACGGACUCCCCUACAUUGCUCUGGUUAGGUCCCCGGUUGGGACUGGACACAGAGCAAGGAAUGGAAUUGAUCUGUUUACUUGGUACUGUCCUUUCUUUAGGUGCUUUGCUUUUCAGCUGCCUUCGUGACAGCUUAAUCUUUCUCCUGCUUUGGAUUCUCUAUCUGUCACUAAAUCAGGUUGGACAGGUUUUUCUUUAUUUCCAAUGGGACAGCCUUUUAUUAGAAACAGGAUUCCUGGCAGUACUGGUAGCUCCAAUGCGUAUUUUGCGCUCAAAGGUUAAUAUCUGGAGUGCCCAUGAUGGCAUUACUUUCUGGCUCGUUCGGUGGCUGCUUUUCAGGCUUAUGUUUGCAUCAGGAGUUGUAAAGCUAACUAGUCGAUGUCCAACGUGGUGGGGACUUACAGCUCUUACUUACCAUUAUGAGACCCAGUGUAUACCAACUCCAGUUGCUUGGUAUGCACAUCAGCUUCCUGUAUGGAUCCAGAAGCUGUCCGUGGUUGCUACAUAUGUGAUAGAAAUUGGGGUCCCAUGGCUUUUCUUCCUGCCCUCUCGAAGGCUUCAUCUCUUCUCCUUCUAUGCCCAGGCUCUGCUGCAGGUGCUGAUCAUACUUACUGGGAAUUACAACUUCUUUAAUUUGCUGACCCUGGUUCUCUGCUUUUCUCUGCUGGAUGACCAGCAUUUGGGAUCUAGCCCGAAGGGAAGAAAAGGUCAAAUGAAAGGCCGUAGGUUCUCCUUGCAGUCUUUAGUUGUUCUUUUAGAUCUCCUGGUUUUUGGUUUGCUUGGUUUCUGGACUGUAAAAUACUUUGAGCUACAAAUAAACUGGGAAAAGCAUCAUGUGGAAUCUAAGACCGCAUUUACUUACCAUGAUUUCCUGCAGUGGCUCCGCACACUUGCUUUUCCCUCUAUUUGGAUAGCAGCUGCAUCUCUUGGUUGGGAGAUUCUCAAAGGCAUGUACAGGAGUGCAUCUGUACGAGGAUUGUUUUGGAAGCUCUGGGCUACAAUACAGUGGGUUAUUUUCACCGCUGCUACAGUUGGAUUGUUUGCAGUCACUCUGGUACCGUAUACAUACAUAGACUUUGAAUCUAAUGGUCAACUUUGGCCAGCAGUGCAUCGGAUGUUUAAAGCCGUGGAUGAUUACCAGCUUGUGAAUUCUUAUGGUUUAUUCAGACGCAUGACUGGUGUUGGAGGCCGCCCAGAGGUUGUGGUGGAAGGAAGUUAUGACAAAGAAACCUGGACGGAGAUUGAGUUUAUGUACAAGCCUGGAAAUGUUAGUGCGCCACCUCCAAUAAUCACACCUCAUCAACCUCGACUUGACUGGCAGAUGUGGUUUGCUGCCCUUGGGCCCCACACACAGAGUCCAUGGUUUACCAGCUUUGUUUAUCGUCUUCUACAGGGAAACAAAGAUGUGAUACGACUGGUGCAGAAUGAUGAGUCGCUCUAUCCUUUCAACGCACAUCCUCCUCAUUAUAUACGAGCCCAGCUAUACAAAUACUGGUACACAGAGCUUGACCAGACUGGGCACACAUCUAGUAACUGGUGGCGCCGGCGUCAUGUUGAGGAGUUCUAUCCAGUGGUAUUUCUCGGAGACCAUACUUUGGAAUCUCUACUAAACCAACAUGGCUUAAAGGAUAAGCCACCACCUCAACGGUCCUUGGAUGAUCCACUUCCAUCAACACUCAGGCUUAUACGAGAUAUUUUACGACCAUACCCUGCACCUUUACUGCUGUAUUCACUGCUUGUUACAUUAGUGGUCAUCUAUUCCUUGCAAGCCUUAUUUGGCAGAGGUAAUCGGCCAAGUGUCUCCAAGCAGAGGAGUCAUGCAAAACCACAAAGUGAGAAGAAGAAGCAGAAAGAGACCAGCGGACAAAGAGAAUCUGGGGGCCAUGGAAAAGAACCUGGUCACAACAACAAGAGGCGUGAAAAGAGCUAAUGCCUCCGUAAGGGGCCCGUGACUGUCAUUUCACCUGGCACAACCGUCCAUAAAUCUAGUAUUUGGCUAUGAACAUGUCCUUACUCCAUUAUACAUUGGUGGAGCUUCAUGCUUUUGAACAUUCUCUGGUAAUCAUUGCAGGAAUUGAUGCUUAUAACUGUUAGGCUUUCUUAAAGACAUAAUAGAUCCAUGACCACUGCUCAAUGAAACUAAUAUGUUCCACCUCCUGUCACUUCUGAUUUUUAAAUCUGUUUUUUAUUAAAUGUAUAUGCAGAUUAUGUAAAUGCUAAACUAGUUUUUAUCCCCAAGGUUGUAUGAUAGUCUUGAGUUAAGCGGUCCAUAAAUUAUAGAUUACUUGUAAGGUUCUGUGUCACACUGCUGUCAUAGCUUCUGUCCCAUCCAAAGCCAUGACUUCAGUUCUGGACACACCAAAUGACAGACACCAACUGUGCUUGAAGAACUACUUUGACUUAUAAUGGGUCCAUCAGGCUUCCACAUGGUAAGCAACAAAUUGCAAAUAUUAUCAGAACUCUAAAACACUAUUAUAGAAUGGUUCAAAAUAUUUAUUCUAAGUAGUUAUAGUAAAAUAAUACGUAUAGAAUAACGAAAAAUGGGGAUAAUGGUAUAUAGAUAAAGUGGGUACAAGCCGCAGGGCCCUUGUGGGUAUCACCACAAAAUAAAAUUAGCUGCCUCUUAAUGUCCAUAAAUCCUGAACAAAUACAUGUUCUACAUAGAUGCCCAGGUUUCCAUGUGGUGGCGGUCAUUUUCAUAGGAAGAAGUACCUUUUCUUCCUGUAAAAUCUGAUGGAACUACUGCCAGAGCCUCUAAUGGUUGUGUGGACAGAGCCUUACUUCUAUGGUCUAUCCCUUUUGCAACAGCUAUUAAUCAUGCUUAAAAAAAUGUUUGCAGUUGUUAGUGAUGAAUGAAAAUAUCCUGUUUUAUGCGGUCAUUUAAUGUAAGUAUGUAUUGGGCAAUACAAAUGUGCAAUAUUUCCUAUGAUGCAAACUAUUUGACUUCAGGAAAAAUCAUUGAUAUUAUAGGAAAUAUAUUUUGUAUAUUCCCUUUCCCCAACAAGCAUUCUCUAUUGUGGAAAACGUCUGCAUGCUCAUCCUCUUUACUGUUUGGGCAGGCUUGCUUUUCCUGGAAGUCAGGCUCCUUAUGUAAAGUGCCUUGUUGCUCAGAAGUGUCAGUCUGUCAACAGAUACCUUAAGUGCCUUUAUUACAGAUGACUUGGCAUAGAUUGCCUGAUCAAACAUAGAGUAGGUUUAGGAGUUUUACUUCAUACAGGUGUGCUAUGCUACUGUUUAUGAUAUGGAUAUAUUGUGUUUUUGGGUUCUCAUAAAUCAUUUCAUGCUCAAAGAAAAACAAAUGAAUAGCAGAGAUAUAAUUGUCAUUUCAUAUAUGGAAGGGUAAUAAAAUAGAUAAAAUGCACUCUGUCGCCUAGAUGCUAAGUUGCAGGUGACUAUAGAUGUGCACAAGGAAUCUGUAAUAUGAAUUAAUGCUUAUACACCUGUACUGGGGGGCUGGUUUUCUUUCAGUUUAUGUAAGAAUAGUACUUUGAGAAACGUGUAUUACUUAGUGACAAAAGUAUCAAACUGUCAGUCUGAACAAAAAAAUAAUAAUAAUAAUUUGUAGCAAUCUGUGUUUGUUCCAAGACAACCCUUCUAUGAUUACUUUACGGUUUAUCUGGUGCUAUUUUGUUUUCUAAAGGUUUGAGAUUUGAAAAAGGGUUGUCUAUAUUUUCCAAGAAACAGUACCACACCUGCCCAUGUGACCUGGUAUUACAUCACAGCCCAUGGCAAUGUUGACCUUACAUGGUAAGGAAGGACACAUUUUGAGGGAUUCCUACAGUAUUCUGUUGCAAUUUCCACACUACUUAAACUUUAAAAUGUUUUGCUUGCUGACUUAAAACCUAUAUUUCCCUUGAUGUAUACUUUUAUGACAACAUGUGAAGCAAGCAAUGACAAUUGGCAUCCACCUUGGUAAAACUUCAAUAAAUCUAUUUCUUUUGUAAUGCA